GGGGGGUAACUCUUUUUGUGAAACAAAAUGGCCGCGCCCACAGAGUGCAUGUGUUGUUAGCUGUAUCUGGUGUUUUUUGGUGUUUCUGACUUACAGCUAACGUUCAUCAUGGGGAAAGUGAAAAGACAACGAUCUAAACUCCACAACACGCCAAUUAAAACCAAGAAAGAUGAGAAGACAAGCAUAGCUGACAAAUCAAAAGCAAAUCUGACAAAAAGUUCCUCAAAAGCUGCGGUAGAGUCCAAACCUGUUUCUUUGUCUGACAACAUAUUCAGCUCUCUAAAGAUAGACAACAAAGCCCUUGCUCAAAAACUACCUGAUUUUGAUGCACGGAGUACAGUGACCAGCAAAACUUUCAAAGGACUGAAUCUCAAGAAAAAGGACAAAAGGAAAAUAAGACAUGAAGUUUUCAUGCAGAAGAUUGAUGCAGUGAAGACAGCCAAACAGAAAGUUAAGGACAAGAAGAAGCGAGAGAAGACCCCCAUCGUGGGAGACAUGUCGGUGAUGGAGGAGGCGCUCCCCACCCUGGAGCUGCUGAUGAAGGAAGGCAGCAAGUCGCAGAGGCAAUCCAAUCCUGAGAAAGUGAGAGGAGUAGCCAAGGAGAGGAAGAGGAGGAAGCAAAUGUUGUCCGACAUCGCCAUCUUCAAGCAAGUUCUGGAGCACCCUGCCUUCAUUGAAAACCCAACAGCCACCAUCUCCGAACAUCUGCAGAACAAGCUGAAGCAGGAAGAGGAGAUGGAUACGUGAUUGAUGGGGGGAGGGGGUGUGGUGGGAGGGUCGGGUGUGUCAAGGUUGGUUGGGUGUGUCGGGAUCGGAGGAAAGAGACAGCGAUGAAUUGUCACUCUGGUUUAUUUUCUUCCAAAUGUUCUCGGGUUCACUGAAUAAUUGUGAUGGUGUUUUUUAUGCCACUUGGACCAGUUCAAUCUUUGUGUGAGAUACUGCAGCAUACAGUAAUCUGUACUUCUGUUCAAAUUGACUGAAUGAACUUUCAAGAUAGCGUGAG